AUGAGUUGCUUUAGUGCAAUGAAUAGCCCUCUGUUAGGGGAAAUGGAGCAGACAAUUUGCAUGCUAGAACGCGGAACAAUUGUAACGAAACUCUAUGGAAAACAACGACGCCCCGAUCGACGACACCUCAUGCUUAUCAGAGAGACUCGUCAGCUGUUAUGGUCCACUGUCGCAGUACAGACACGCACCGAAUACGAGGGCACGAUCCAGUUGCGAGAGAUACGCGAGAUACGCGUUGGCAAGAACUCCAAGGAGUUCCGGCUACAUGCAGACGACUGUCAGCGCUUCGAAAGCAGCAAAUGCUUUGUGAUUAUGUACGGAAAUAGUUUCAAGCUGAAAAGCUUCUCGGUUGUGGCACUCUCAGAGAUUGAAGCCGACAACUGGGUGCGAGGAUUACGUUAUAUGGUUAAGGAUACUGUUAAUUCACCGUACCCGCUGCAAAUCGAUCGUUGGCUGCGACGCGAAUAUUAUUCUUUCGAGAAUGUCAAUUCGCACCUGGCCAAAUCCGACCACAGCGCCCAGGUGACUAUAAAGGAUUUCAAAUCAUUCUUAAGUAGCGUUAGCUGUAAGAUGAGCACUAGCAAAUUCAUGGAAUUCUUCACAGACGAUAUAAGACGCAAGCACGAUCUGAAAUUCGAUGAUUUCUCGCGUCUAUAUCAAAAACUCUUACUGCCCGUCACAUUUGUCACCAUCUUUGGUGGCACAGAGUUCGCUUACUCCGAGGACAAGAAAACUGUACGGCCCGUGGAGUUUAAACGAUUUCUUGAAGCUGAACAACAUGAUUUAAAUGCUUGUGAAUUGAAUAGCAUAUCUGGCUUUAUGCGCGAUUUCGUCCAGGAUGUAGAACGCGAUGUGCAAGAGCCAUAUUUGACCAUCUCCGAGUUUGUCGACUAUCUUUUCUCCAAACAGAAUGAUCUGUGGGACACCAGAUACGAUACGGUCUUUAUGGAUAUGAAUCAGCCGCUCUCCUCCUACUGGAUAGCCUCGUCCCACAAUACAUAUCUGACAGGCGAUCAGUUCUCGAGUGAAUCUUCAUGCGAGGCGUAUGCACGUGCCUUACGAAUGGGCUGUCGCUGCAUUGAGCUGGACUGCUGGAAUGGUCCUGAUAAUUUGCCAUAUAUAUUCCAUGGUCAUACAAUGACCUCAAAAAUAAAGUUCAUGGAUGUCAUUAAAACUAUUAAGGACCACGCCUUCGCUACGUCCGAGUACCCAGUAAUUCUAUCUAUCGAACAGAACUGCUCCUUAGAGCAACAACGAAAUAUGGCACAUGCCUUGAUUGAGGUUUUUGGAGAUAUGCUGCUCACACAGCCCUGCGAUCGAAAUGAGCUCCAUUUGCCAUCGCCAAAUCAACUGCGUCGAAAAAUAAUUUUAAAACACAAAAAGUUGCCCCAAUUCGACGAAAAUGUUGGCUCAAUUAAUUUACCUGCAGUUGGUGUUAAUAACGGGACGAUGGCCUCAUUCAGUCAUCGAUCUUCGCUGGGCGGUGCCACUGACGAUAAUGAGAAUUUGCAAAAAAUCUUAAAGAAGGGAUUGCUAUACUUUAAGGAUCCAGUCGAUAAGUCAUGGAAUCUCUUUCAGUUUGUCCUCACCCAACAGGAGCUCAUCUACACAUCAGAAAUCAACGAUUGUCGCAACGGCAAUUCUGAAGACGACGAUUUUGGACUUUCGUCCUGUUCCCUAAAUAGCAAUAUGCAGCAAAAGCAAAAAGAUACAUCGGCCAAUGAUGAAUUACAUUUUGGUGAAAAUUGGUUUCACGGCAAGUUGGAAGGUGGAAGACAAGAAGCUGACCAAUUGUUGGAUACGUAUAAGCAUCUAGGGGAUGGAACGUUUUUGGUGCGCGAGUCAGCCACUUUUGUGGGGGAUUAUAGUUUGUCAUUCUGGCGUCGCAAUCGGCCCAAUCAUUGUCGCAUUAAGCUGAAGCACGAGAAUGGCUCGAUAAAGUAUUAUCUGGUGGAGAAUUUCGUAUUUGAUUCGCUGUACUCGUUAAUUGUGUAUUAUCGCAAAAAUAUGCUCCGCAGUUCAGAGUUUUCGAUCAUUCUCAAGGAGCCAGUGCCUCAGCCAAAGAAGCACGAGAGCCAGGACUGGUUUCAUCCAAAUACAACAAAGGAGCAGGCUGAGCAGGGAUUAAUUAAGCUGGACGUUGGUUCGUUUCUGGUGCGGCCAUCGGUUCAGAGCAUCAAUACGUUUGUCAUAUCGUUUACGAUAAAUCGGAAAAUUAAACACUGUCGAAUCAUUCAGGAGGGUCGCCUGUAUGCGAUUGAUACGAUGCAAUUCGAAUCUUUAGUAUCACUAAUUCAUUAUUAUAUGAGAAAUCCGCUAUAUCGCAAUGUGAAGCUCGUCCAUCCCGUUUCCCUGGAACUGCUGCGACAGACUCUAUUAGAGAAUGCCCAGUCGCACGGCGAGCAUAGAAAUAACGAUAGCUCUGGCGCAUCCAACUAUAUGGGCUCCAAUCUGGAAGAAUAUGUCACAUGCAAGGCUCUCUAUAGCUAUAAGGCCGACAAGCCCGAUGAACUUUCAUUUCCAAAGCACGCGAUAAUAACCAAUGUUCAAAGAAACAACUCUAUGUGGUGGAAAGGUGAUUACGGUGGCAUGAUCCAGCAACAUCUGCCCGCUAACUAUGUCAAAGUCAUUGAUUCCGCCACUGAAGAUUACAACUCAGUAAAUGAAGAGGGCAACGAUGGACGCACCGAUUCAAUUGAGAUCUACGGUGCAGUGGCGUCUCUCUUCGAAUCGAACGAGCCAGGCAUUAUAAUAAAGCUACAAAUCCAAACGCCUACGAUGCAAAAUCCAUUUGUAAUUGGAUUCGAUAAUCAGGAAACAGCGUAUGAAUGGAUCAAAGCCAUACAGGACGCGGCACUGAUCGCUAGUCAAUUGGCCACUGAACGGCGUAAAAAGGAGCGCACAGCACGCGUAGCCAAGGAGAUGUCCGAUUUAAUUAUCUAUUUCCGUAGUGUACCGUUUCGAGAUCAUUCGUGGAUAUUCCAAGAGAUGUCCAGCUUUCCAGAAACAAAAGCCGAAAAGCAGUUUAUCCAACAAAAUAUGCCGCUUUUUCUAUCGUAUCAUCGCAACCAAAUUAGUCGCAUUUAUCCAAAGGGUCAACGCUUGGACUCAUCCAACUUUAACCCUAUGCCAUUUUGGAACAUUGGCUCACAAAUGAUUGCAUUGAAUUAUCAAACCGGCGAUAAAGCCAUGCAACUCAAUCAGGCUAAAUUUCGAAAUAAUGGCCAAUGCGGCUACAUACUAAAGCCAGCAUUUAUGAUGUCUGAAAACUUCAAUCCCAACAAUCCUUUGUCGGAUGUCCUUACCGAAACGCAUGUCAGCAUACGCAUCAUUGCAGCUCGUCAUCUAUUCCGUGGUGGCAAAUCGAAUAAUCCACAAAUUGUGGUGGAAAUCGUUGGCGCUACGUUUGACAGUGGAGUCAAAUAUCGCAGCAAAGUUAAUGAGAACGGCUUCAAUCCUAUUUGGAAUGAAUCCUUCAAAUUCACAGUGCACAAUCCUCAGUUUGCGUUGCUGCGCUUCGAGGUGCAAGACGAGGAUAUGUUUGCCGAGACACAUUUCAUAGCCCAGGCCUGUUAUCCUUUGAUCUGCGUGCGCCAAGGCUAUCGCAGCGUGAUCCUGCGCAACAAGUUCAGCGAGGAGCUGGAGCUGUCUUCCCUUUUAGUCAAUAUAGAAAUUUCAAAUCGGACAUCUACUUAGUGCAAUAAAAUAGUCCACAUGCAAGUAUACCUAUGAACAAUGAGCAUUGUGAAGAUUACAAUGCACUUCGAAACAUAUCACAGGAAACAAAUACAUAUCUAUCUUAUACUUAACAAAUCGCAUACAUAUCUAACGCAGCUAUUUGUUAAAACUUAACAAUGCUUCAUUCUGCACGUGGAAGACUAUUUACAUGAUCGCAUUUGCAUUCCUUUACAAACCAUGCAUGCCAUGAAAAUUUCGUAAUACCAGUGUUUUCCUUAAAUGCCUGAUUUCAUGACUUUAUGAAGCAAAGCUAACAACAACUACCCUAUACCCCAAACUUAAGGCCAAUAUAUGAUAAAAAAAUCUGUUUGUUCAAUCUUUUGUAGGGCCCUUUUAUAUCGAUAGAUUACGAAUAUCUU